AUCUCCAGCGAGAGAAAAUUAGUCCAGAAACUAAUGAUAUAUUUGAAUGCAGGGACCCACCAUGUGUCAUGCGUUAACUACGGAUUACCUAAGUCCGUGCGUUCCCCUCUCAGGAACAGAUGUUAACGAUGUUUUUGUUGCAAAAUUAAGACAGAUCCCCUCUCUGCCGCGCCUGAGCCCGCGUCAUGUCCGCUCCCGCGCUCAGUAUUCGCGCUCCCCCUCCUCGGCUGCGCUGCUUCUCCUGCCCAGCAUCUCUCCAGCAGCGGACUCACAAGGCUUGUGUGAUUGACGCGCAACAGAAGGCUCGGGGUACAGUCGCUUCUUGAUCCAACUUUCCCUCGCAGCGUUAGUUACGCAUGGCCCUGCGCAAAAGCGCGACUCCACGGGGGUUUGGGAUGAAACUGGAGGGAUUUUAACAUCCAGAGAGAUUAAAGUGCAGCUCCGACACUACUUACUCGAGGGACUGUUCAAAGGAAACAUCCACAAAAACAACGAUUUUUGGCAUUUUACGCUGGAGGAUGCAUCUCUCUUAGCGCGUAAAAAUCCUGCUUUGGGUGCAGACGCUCCUAAACUGAGACAGAGAUGGAUCUGUGGGGAGUCUUUCUGCUUCAUUUGAUUACUGUGGGCUCACUUCGGGUUGCCCUCGCUGGCACAGACUGUUUGGUGGCAGGAGACUCUUGCUCGAGUGACGAGACUUGCAGUCCGCGUCUGCGCACCUUACGUCAGUGUGUGGCAGGAAACGGGAGCAUGAAGCUCGGUCCCGGUGCCAGGAGCCAGUGUGCCAAUGCGGUGUCGGCGCUUCUGUCCAGCCCGCUACGAGGGUGCCAGUGCAAACGGGGCAUGAAGAAGGAGAAAAAUUGCCUGAGCAUCUACUGGAGCUUGCAUCAGUCAGUCAUCCAUGGUCUCAACCUAGUGGAGAGUUAUCCCUAUGAGACGGUGCAGAGGGAUCACGACUAUGUUCGCUUGGCUUCCAUAACAGCAGACUCCAGUGACAGCGUCACAACCAUGAAUCGCUGUCUGGAUGCAGCCAAGGCCUGCAAUGUUAACGAAUUGUGCCAGAGGCUGCGCACGGACUACGUCUCGGCCUGUAUCGCCGUGUCUGCAAAGUCAGGCUUGUGCAACCGCUCCAAAUGCAACAAAGCUCUGCGCAAGUUCUUUGACAGAGUUCCUGCUGACUACACCCACAAGCUGCUCUUCUGCCCCUGCACGGACACGGCCUGUGCCGAGCGGCGCAGGCAGACUAUCGUACCCAGCUGCUCCUACGAAAGUGCAGAAAAACCUAACUGCCUUGCACAGAUGAAGAUCUGCGAUGGAGACUAUGUCUGCAGAUCUCGUCUGACACAGUUUAAGUACGACUGUGAACCCUCAGAAACAUCUGCCAACGGCUGCAAGCAUGGCAACUAUGGAUCUUGCCUUCUCGCCUACACAGGACUUAUAGGAAGCAUGAUAACUCCCAACUAUGUCGACACCUCCACAUCAGAAGUUGCUCCAUGGUGCUCCUGCUCUGCCAGUGGGAGUCAUAAGGCAGAGUGUGAUCAUUUCCUGGAAUAUUUUACCAACAAUAUUUGUCUACAGAAUGCCAUCAUGUCGUUUGGAAAUGAAUCAGACCAGCAGCCUACACUCCCGCCGUACAGCACACCGAGUGACCCCACUCAGGAGAACAUGAACAGUACUUCUCUGACAGAACCCACACAAACGAUGAGCAACGUUCUGGAUUCAGUUUUACCAACACAGAGCCUAAAACAGGAGCUGCUAGUGGGCCGUACUACUCUGCCAUCCAACAACUCAGCUUCCCCCAUCAGCAUGAGGAUGGAAGUUGCCUUCAGUUUCUUUCUCCUUCUCCUUCAUUUACUCAUCAAUGAACGAUGAAGUGCAGAUAAUACUUCUGGAGAGUCCUUAAGGAAAACGGGAGGAUCGGUGAAGUUCAGAGGAAAAAGUUGUUUUAUGAAAGCGCAGCAUUUCUUCUUUUUUUUACAUUUGUGGUUAAAUGUUACCAGUUGCAGCUGCCAGUAUUCCCAGUCUGAGUGUGACAGCUGGGGGCCUGUACAUUUGUAUAUUUAGAUCAAGUUGAAGCUGAGACAAAGAAAAACUUUGAUGAACUAACUCAGCUUUAGCCAUUUGUAUUCAAAGUUACUCCAAAAACAUCCACACAGAUGUGCGUGGUGCUCUUACGCCAUGAAGGUCUUGUAGAGAUUUUGUUAAAAAGCAACAACUCUUUGAAAUACUUUGCAGGAAAUUAUUUGAAGGAUGCAGGAUGUGUUACGGUGCUGGAGAGAGUUUCUCAACUGCCUAAAAGAAAGGCAUCAUUCCAGACUGAAACAGUGGAACAACAGAGAAGAAAAAUGACAGCGCAGCAGCAUGGACUCCUCUUUUCAGACAAACUGUCUAGGACACGCAAAAAAUAAAUUAAAAAAACCACAGUGGCAUAAUUAUCAUCACCUUUAGAGACUGCUACACAUGCUACAUCGAUUAUCUGGAAAGCUUCAAAAGCUGUUUACAAAAGAUAACUCCUGUCUUUAUUAGCAAAAACUUGUCCGAGGACUUUUUGAGGACUUAAGCAAACGAGCAGUGAGUUUACAUGAAUCAGUUUAUAGCUUUUGUGCUGUGUUUGUGAAUGUAAUAGCCUUUUCAUAUCUGUCCUGGUGGUGAACAAUGCUGUACGGGGCCAUCUGAGUUUGUUUUACUUGAGAGGCCAGCACCAGUAUAAAACAUGCUAAAAAAAA